AAAGAAAGUCAAACCCAAUGAUUCUCCCCGCAAUAUCCGGGACAAGCUUUGUCUCCUCCUCCGAGUCCGAAGAAGAAGCAGAGAUAUUAGAUUCUUCAAAUCUUCUUCAAUGGCGACGCACGCAAUCUUGGGAAGAUUCCUCCUCUGACCUCAAAGCGUUGAUGGGUUCUUGCUGCCGUUGAAGAUUGGAUUGGAUUGUGGUUCGUGUACGCUAAGCUGACUUGGUCUUGAGAUUUUUAGGGCUUCUUGAAUUGGUGAUUGAUUGAAGCGAUGGAGCCGGCGGCCGCUGGCGGGGGUGGCGGCGGGCCGGCGCCGUUCCUGCUGAAGACGUACGAGAUGGUAGACGAUUCGGCGACGGACGAGAUAGUGUCGUGGAGCCCUCGCAAGAACAGCUUCGUCGUGUGGAACCCUCCCGAGUUCGCCCGUGUCCUCCUCCCCACCUAUUUCAAGCACAACAACUUCUCCAGCUUCAUUCGCCAGCUCAACACUUAUGGAUUUCGGAAGAUUGAUCCUGAGAGGUGGGAGUUUGCAAAUGAAGACUUUGUUAAAGAUCAGAAGCAUCUUCUCAAGAACAUCCACCGCAGGAAGCCCAUUCACAGCCACAGUCAACCUCAGGGCACCACCUUGGACUCAGAAAGAGCUACCUGCGAUGAGGAAAUAGACAGACUAACGCAUGAGAAAUCCACCCUUCAGGCAAAGCUCUCGAAGUUAAAAAAUCAGCAGUCCAUGGGAAAGGUACAGAUUGAAGAAUUGACUGAUCGAGUGGGGAAAAUGGAGCAGAGGCAGGAUGAGCUGCUGGCUUUCAUAGAGAAAGCUAUCCAAAAUCCGACGUUUAUUGAACAUCUUGCUCGCAGAAUCGAGUCUUUUGACUUGUCUGCUUAUAAUAAGAAGAGAAGACUACCUCGGAUUGAAAAUACUCUGCAGCCUGCGGUGGAGAAUAGUGUUGACAAUCUCAGUAGCUCGAGACCUGAAUCCGGGAAUAUUUACCACCAAGAUUUCACGGACAAGCUGAGGCUUGAACUUUCACCAGCAGUGUCAGAUAUUAACUUGGUCUCUCAUAGCACGCAGAGUUCCAAUGAGGGGGGAAGCCCUCAGAGGAUAAUUUUGGAAGGGGACCCAAGAGAAACCCAAACUCCCCAGAGACAAGGAGGCAUUCUAUUCACGCCCGAGCCACUAGAACUGUCUGACACAGGGACUUCUUUCACAUUCAAGAUGGACUCAUCUUUACAUCAGAAAUCACCGAUUGGUGAAGGCCCGAGAAACUUGAGUCCUCGUGAGGAGGGCGAGAAUAGCAUUUCAUGCCAUUUGAAUCUUACACUGGCAUCUUCCCCGCUACAAGUUGAGAAGCCCACCCCUGUGAAAGAAUCAGGUCUUGGUGUUUCUUCAAAGAGUCGGAAUCAUGCUGGAAACGAGUGUCCGAAGAAUAAUAACCAAGGUUCAGGUCCUCCUCGGGGUAGAGUAAAUGAUGUCUUCUGGGAGCAGUUCCUGACAGAAAGGCCAGGAUCCUUGGACAACGAGGAGGCAAGCUCUAAUUACCGGACAAACCCGUAUGAUGAACAAGAUGAUCGAAGGUCAGGACAAGGAGUAUCGAAGAAUGCUAAGAAUAUGGAGCGGCUCUCUCUCUAGAAAACCAAAAUUGAUGGGUGGUGGAGCGAGUUAUUCACAAGCUCAUCUGAGGUUGGUCCGACCUUUUUCUCUCUCUUUUUUUACCUUGGGCUGCCUAUAUUUCAACCUGACAAUACAUGCCAUCUAGGAAAUUUUUGGAUGGGUGAAAAACCAUGUUUUGAAUAAAAUAUGAAGAGAAUGUAUAGACUGUUAUAUGUAACAUAGGGUGCUAGCUGAUUGCACUGAUGAGUUAAGACUGGCUUUCUUCCCCGAGACCCUUUUAAAACGAAGGUUCAUCAUGUACGGUACAAACGUAAAUUAUGAAACUCUGAAUGAAUGUGCUAUUCAAAUAUUUGCUCAGCAUAUAAGAUUUAUCGUGAAUGAAUUUCCUGGGAAA